AUGGUUCACUCCAACCAGCUGCGAGCUCAAAAGCAGCAGCAGCUCGAAAUGAUAGCACGUCAACAGCAACUCCAGCUUAUGCAACAACAAAAGAACGGAACCGCGAAUGUAAUCCCCGUGAAAUCUUACAGCGAUUACAUGCUACAUUAUGAAGAGAGAAAAAGAAAUGCACAGAGACAAUUAGACGAUCCGACCUUCGUCCAACAUCCCACCACACCCUUGAAUUUGAUAACCAGAGCCCCGAAUGUCCUUCAAUCGUUCCCGGCCACGCAGAUGGAGCAGUCCGAGGUUGUAUCAUUCGAACACGCCUGUCAAUCGGGCGAUCUGGAUACAGUCAGAUCAGUCAUUCCCUCAGAUCUCCACUCAACAGAAUUCCUCCAUCACGCCCUCGAGCUAGCCUUCAGCGCUGGCCAGGUCGAGAUAGCCCGCUACCUUCUCUCUCACGGCUCAGAGCUGCGCCGCCAAACACCAGUGCGCAUCCUCUCCGCACCAUUAUCUCAGCAAAUUCCCCUCUUCGAACUACUCACUCUACAUGGCUGGAGCACAAACAAUCCGCUCGAGUACGGCGCCGCUCUCCUAGCAAAGGUCGUAACGAACCUCCCCCUCCUCCGCUGGUUCCUAGCCCACGGCGCAAAUCCAAAUCAGGGCGCUCGCCAUGGCAGCGCAGAACCAGACAAUGACGCAGUCAUGCAGCGCUGCGCCGCCCUCGAAGCUGCCGCUGCGCGUGGCGAGCUAGCAGCCUUGCACAUGCUUCUCGAUGCAGGCGCCGAUAUCAAAUACGGCACCCCGCUGCACUAUGCAGCCGGAGCAUGUUCGCCCGGCACUAUGCCGCGUGGGGUGGCGAGUCAGGAAUUCGACGCUGGUCGGAUUCCUAUCAUGGCGCUACUGGUUCAGCGGGGUGCAGAUGUUAAUCAAACGGGGAAGUCACGGCUGGUUCUUCAUUCCCCUAUCAUGUAUGCUGUUAUGGCUGGGGCUGUGGAGAGGGUUAAGUGGUUGUUGGGGCAGGGGGCUGAUAUUAAUGCUAAAGGCCCUUGGGGGAGUACGGCGGAUUAUGUGGCUACUAUGGGGAGUGAUGAAAUGAAACGAGCUGUUCAGGAGGGCUUGUGGAUACAACAAAAUAACAAUCAGGUUGCGGUACAUGGCGAUUUUGCGAUUCGGCGGAAGAGUUGA